UUCAAUAUCAGAUAGCUGUUGCAUGACGUUUCCCAAAUUUUUUAAUGCAAUGUUUAGACAAAAAAUUAUUUUGUCACUAAAAACAUUUUCAAAAAACUCUGGAACAAUUAUAAAAUGGCGAGAGCAUGAAUAUAACGGAUUGAAAUUUUUAAAAAUUUAUAAGCCAAAUUGCAACAGUUACCUUCAAGAAAAUUUAAAAUUUGAAAUAUCUGAAAAUUCGAAAAAAGAACAAGUGGAACUUUGUCCAGGACACCAAAAAUCUGAUAUAUCAAAACCCCGAAUUCAAAUCUAUCAUUUUUCAAUGAACAAGCAAAACAACACAAUAACGGUUCCUCCAAAAAGUAAACGUUCUACUAAAAUUUUACCAGAACAACAUACAUCAAUAGAUCAUUAUCGAAACAAAAUUUUAGAAAAAAUUAUAUUAGAAAAUUCUUCCAAAAACAAUGAACAUUGUCGUAUUGUUUAUUCAAACAACCAAAAAUUUGUUGCAAUUAAAAAUAGUGAACUUAUUGCAAAGCGACGUGGCGAACUUUUGGGUAUUACAACGGGCUAUCAAAUUCCGUUAAAAAGUGUAUCUAGUUGUAAUAAAACCAAUUUGUUAUUCACUUCCACAUCGUAUUUUUUAAGAUGUUUGAUGGGAAUCAAUUCUAAAGAUGUAUUUUAUGGUUUAACACAUGUAAUUUUGGAUGACGUACAGGAAAGAGAUUUCCAAAUGGAUUUGUUGUUGUUUGAAAUACGAGAAACUUUGACCUUUUACCCAAAAUUAAAAAUUUUACUAUUAUGUUCAAACCCAUAUAACAUAAAACCUUUUGAAGAUUAUUUUAAAAACAUAGAAGUCCUGAAUUUGCCCCUAAAUUUUCAAACUGAUAAAGUUCCUCAAGUUUAUAAUUUAAGCAAAAUCUUAAAAAUGGUGAAUUACCUUACACCGGAAAUGGAAGUUUAUACUACUUCAUCCUAUGAGAAUAAAAAAGUAACAUUAGAAGAUCCGCAAUCUCAACUUAUGAUAAACAACUUACUGGAUCGAUAUAUUAAUGAGCUUGAUGCAGAAGCUUUUGAUAAAUUUUGUUAUUUAGUACAAGAAGAGCACAUUCCUGUAGAUAUUCAGCACAAUGAACACUUCAUGAACAUGUUAAUGGGAGCUGCGAAAAAUGACGAACUAGAUCAUUUAAAAAUUUUGCUUAAACUAAAUGCAAACGUAUAUUUACAGGACUGUAAUAAGAGAAAUGUUCAAGAUUGGGCGAGCAUUUCAAAAAGCACACAAUGUUUAUGCGAAAUACAAAAAGUAAUAAAUUCGAAAACCGCAGAUGAAAAAUUUCCUGAAGAAAUGAAGCGUUUAAAAGCAUAUCGAUAUACUCGAAUAAAUAAUUUUGAAGUAGAUCAUCUCCUUGUUUUUGAACUCUUAAAGUAUUUGCAUAACAACGUCUUAAGAGGUUCUAUUUUAAUAUUCGUACCCAAUUAUGACGACAUGUUAAAAAUUCAAUUCUAUUUGGAAAACUACUUCAAAAAUAAGAAGAUAGAAAGUUACAUAAUCCUCAAAUUGCAUAAUAAUAGCAAAAUGUCGGAAAUAGACGAAUUAUUUAAAAUAUCAUAUAGUAAUUUUAAAAGAAAGUUUAUAUUUGCAACUCAAAUCGCUGAAGUUUUUUUAACUUUAACUGAUAUUUUAUAUGUCGUGGAUUCAGGUCUAAUUAAAUUAUCUAACCAUAGUAUCGGAACUUCUAAAAUUCAAUGGAUUAGUAAAGACAGAGCUGAAAGACGGAAAUGUGUCGCUAAAGAUGUUGAAAGUGUAUGCUUUAGAUUAUACACAGUUCAAGAUUUGUCAAAUUUCCAACAAGUCAUAAUUCCAGAAUUGAUGCACAUGCCUUUGGACAAUGUAUGUUUGUUUGCUAAAGUUUUGUCGCCAUAUACAACAAUCAAAGAAUAUUUUAUGCGUACUAUUUCGACACCUUCCAACGGGCAGGUAGAAAAAAGUAUUCAGCUAUUAAAGGCUAUUGGUGCACUAGAAGAGCAGGAAUCAAUUACAAGUUUGGGAAUUCGUCUUUUGGAUAUUCCUUUACCUGUUCAAUUAGGUAAAGUGCUUAUUUAUAGCAUAUUUAUGCAAUGUCUUGAUCCUGUUCUUACAAUAAUAAGCAUUUUGCAUUUUAAUGAUCAAUUUAUGAUACCCGAUCCAGGAAAUAAUAAUCUUUACUUGUGCCUAGGCAAUUUAGCAGAAAAAUCAAAUAGCGAUCACAUUACAUUUUUACGACUUUUUCAAAAAUGGCAAGAUGACAAACUUGAUUCCAUUUUUCAACCUUCAUCCCUAGGAAUGUUUCUUAUGGACCAAAAUCUUCAGGUUAUAUGUGAAAUCCGUUCAGAAAUUGUUGGAAUCGUGAGAUCAGCUCAACUAAUACAUGCCACUGGUUUGCUAAGCAUGAACUAUAUAAAUUCAUUUGCCAACAAUUGGAGUAUGGUGAAAGCUAGUUUCGCUGCAGGAAUGUAUCCAAAUAUUUGUCAUAUUGAAAAGGAUCAUCCCAUAUCAGAUCAUGUUGAAACUCAAUUUAAAUGUAAUAACAUGAGGUGUGGAAGGAAGCUUUUCCUAUAUCCAGGUUCAGUUUUACGAGACGUUGCACCAGAUUCUUGGAAUAAAAAAUCUAUCUCCUAUCAAACGGAUUGGCUUUUUUAUCAAAAUGCUAUACAUAGAGAAAAAGUUUGCCGUAUUCAUUGUAGCACUCUUAUAACGCCAAUUACUAUAGCAUUAUUUUGCGGAAAUCUUAAAAAAUCUGACAUAGAUCUCGUCAGUGAAAAAGUAACAGAAAAAGAUUCAAAUCAAAUGCAAAACGAAAAAACAGAUACAUUAAUACAAAUGCUUGUAGACGAAUGGAUAUCUUUUACAAUACCAAAGGUAGAUGCGUUGUUGAUAUUUCAUUUAAGACAAAAAUUUUCUCACCUAUUUAUGGAUCUUCUGCAAAACUGCGACAAUCAUGAAAAACUUCAAAGAUUUCGUCAUUAUUAUACCGAAAAAUUAAAAGUUUUAGAAAUCAUUUCAAAAGUUUUGCAGAACGAAGAUAUAAAUGUUAAUUUCCCCCAAUUAGAACGUAUAGGAGAAAGACCUAAAGCUUUGCCCCUAUCGUUUAUUUGUGGCAUGCGAAUUCCAAAAGAAAAAGUGUCAAAUUUAAUUAAAAUCGAUUCAAAAAAUGAAAAAACAGUUGGCGAGAGCUUUAAUUCAAUUAAUAACACCCAAACGAAACGUUACGAAUUGUCAGAUAUUAAAAUUUCCAAUCAAAAAAGCAUGACAGAACAAACUACGAAUUUCCGAUUUAAACGAAGAUUUGAAAAUAAAUUGCAAGGAUAA